AUGGGGAAAAACACUUUGCAUGGAAAUAUCUCUCUUCUUCUGUUCUUCCUGUUCAUCUUCUCAGCUGUUCUCAAUCAAACUAAAGCACGAGAAAAUAAUAAAAGCAGCAAUUGUCGAGUAGGUCAUUCCUACACAACUCGUGGGAUAGGGGGCGUGAUUGAUCAAAGUUCUCGCGUUGGCAAGGAGCAGAGUAUUGCCAUUCAAUUGGCUGUCAGCGACUUUAAUAAGUUUUCGACUUGUUCAAAGCUGGCUUUGCACAUUAAAGAUUUACAUGGCAAGUCAGCUCGAGCAGCUUCCGUUGCUAGAAAACAAUCUGGUAAAAAUGGCUCAGUUACAAAUUCAUUUGCAGUUGCAGCAAUUAAGCUUAUCAAGCACAAAAAAGUAAAAGGGCUUGUUGCAGCAUUGACAUUGGAAGAAGCAACUCAGGUCACAGAAUUUGAAGAAGUCACCAGCACUCCCAUAAUAACCAUUGGCUCAGCAGCCAUUUCUCCAUCACCACUGCUUCCUCAACCCCCGUCGGUUUUUCAGCUGAAUACUGAUAUGAGCAUACAAAUGCAAUGUGCUGCUGCAUUUAUUGGCCACUUUAGAUGGCAAAAAGUAACGGUCAUAUAUGAACAAAGCAAUAGUUUGUAUGCAGAUUCUAAACUUACAAAAAAACUUUCUAAGGCGCUGAAGCCCUUUAAUUCUGUUGUUGAAUGCAAUCUCGCAUUUCCUUCCAUAUCUUCUCUCCCAAAUCCCGAUGUCUUUAUUGAAGAAAAGCUGAAUAAGUUCAGAAGCAAAAGCAGUGGGAUUUUUGUAAUUGUGCAGUCUUCUUUGGAGUUUGCUACAAUUCUUUUUGAGAAGGCCAAGAAAAUGGGAAUCAUGGGAAAAGGUAAUGUUUGGAUUGUAUACGAUGAUAUUGUUAGCCUAAUUGAAUCUGUGGAGCCCUCUGUCAUCCAAAACAUGAAAGAGAUAAUUGGAUUUAAGGCGAAUUAUGAGGAUAAAAGCAGGUCUUUUAGGGACUUCAGUUUCAGGUUUCGAAGAAAGUUCAAAUCAGCAUAUCCUGAAGAAGAACAUCCAUAUCCAAGCAUGUAUGCUCUUCAAGCAUAUGAUGCUACACGGGCCAUUGCAAAAGCCAUGCAAAAUUCUAAAGGGAAAGUGAACUCAAAUAAACUGAUAAAUCACAUCUCUUCAAGUGAUUUUGAAGGUCUUAGUGGAAAGAUCAGCUUCAAGAACAGAAGAUUGUGGCAAAAACCUUCCUUUCAGAUCAUUAAUGUGACUGGGAAAAUUUAUACAGAUAUAGCAUCGUUCUCACCAGAGUUUGGCUUCUCAAUGGAUCUCAGAGAUCGGGAAAGAAAGGAGACUAGGAGAAACACUGAUAUGCACAAGGAAUUGGAUCUUGUUCACUGUCCAGGAGGCGUGCAACCAGUUCCAAAGAAAAGGAAACUAAAAAUUGGAGUUCCUCGACUGGCCACUGUCCAUGAGUUUGUCAGUGUGAGAUGUGACCAAGACGAGAAGACAUGCUCCUUCGGUGGAUUUUCCGUUGAAGUUUUUAGAGCCGUAGUUGAGGAGCUUCCAUAUCCUUUUUCUUAUGAUUUUGUUCCAUUUGAUGGCACCUAUGAUGAGAUGUUGCGUGCAGUUCAUAAUAAGUGUUUGGAUGCAGCAGUUGCAGACAUAACUAUCGUAGACGAUAGAUAUGAUGACGCUGAUUUUUCACAGCCUUAUAUGGACUCUCAAAUUGUUAUGGUAGUAACUGCAAAGGAAGAUUUGAAAACGCAAAAAUUCAUUGCUGUGACUGCCUUUGAAUGGAAAUUGUGGGUGGUGAUGGCAGCGUUAAGCUUAUCCAAUGGGUUCAUUAUCUAUUUGAAUGAACGCUUGAAUGAAAAUCCAGAGUUUGCAGGUUCAUUUCCUCAGAUAAUUGGUCCUAUAAUUUGGUUUUCUGUCACUCUUCUCUCAUUCGCACAAAGAGAACAUAUCAGAAAUAAUCUGUCACGAUUGGUAUUUGCAGUAUGGUUGUUCGUGAUUAUGCUGAUGGCAGCAUCUUAUACUGCAGUUCUAAGUUCAAUGAAGACAGUGCCGAGGCUCCAACCAUGUAUAGUAGAGGUUGAUUAUCUUCAUAAAACUAAUGCAAUUGUCGGAUGCAAUGGGGAGGGUUUCAUCCCAAGAUAUUUGAGGCAUAGUUUGAAAUUCAAGGAAGAGAAGAUCAAGAAAAUUCGUUCUAUCAGUGACUACGAGGAAGCUUUUGAAAAGGGGGAAAUUUCAGCAGCCUUCUUUAUCAGUCCACAUGCCAAACUUUUCCUAGCAAAUAAUAGCAAACGCUAUGUCAUUGCAAAACCUAGCCUUCAAGUCGGUGGUCUUGCUUAUGUAAGAUUCAAAUCCAAGUUUAAUUAA